AUGUGGUUCGCCAAAACCACUAUCCUCACACUCGCUUCGACGUACCUUUUAUCGAAAUCCUCUGCAUCACCUCUCCCUGAUCCUUCUGAAACACGUCGGCAACAAAAUAAUCUUCGAGCAAGAAACAUUGUGUCGGAUAGCUCUGAUAUCCAAAGUUCGUAUGAUUUCAUCAUCGUGGGUGGUGGUUUGGCUGGGUUGGUCCUAGCUUCGAGGUUAUCCGAGGACUCCAAUCAUACUGUCCUUGUGCUGGAAGCUGGAGAAUCUGGCGAUGCAAAUAUAACACAAAUCAAUACGCCGGCCGACACAUACUACAACUCUCUCGUUGGAUCAGAAUAUGAUUACGCCUACCAGACUGUUCAGCAAGCUGGAUGUGCGAACCGGAACGUCUCCUGGCCCAGAGGCAAAGUUCUGGGCGGAUCUUCCGCUAUCAAUGGAAUGUACCUUGUUCGACCCAACGAACCUGAAAUCAACGCGCUACAUUCGAUCAAUCCCAACGAUACGGAUGAGUUUUGGACAUGGGAUUCAUAUUACGCUGCUAUGAAAAAGAGCGAAACUUUUGGUGCUCCUUCCGCUGAUGUAGCGGCUGAAGCUGGGAUCCAGUAUAGCGCCUCGUCCUACGGAUCUAAUGGUCCCAUUCAUUGGUCUUACCCUGGAGAAACAUUCAACCUUGUCGGAAAUUGGACACCUUCGCUUUUGACCCUCGGCAUUCCAACGAAUCCAGACGCUGCAUCAGGCGAUAAUUCUGGUGCUUACAUCACAACCUCUUCCAUCAACCCUUCUAAUUGGACUCGUUCAUACUCGCGUUCCGGGUACAUUGAUCCUUUGCCUCCACGAUCGAAUUUGGACAUUCUCACGUCUGCGACUGUCACGAAUAUCGUUUGGCAAUCUGGUACGUCUGGUAAUUUGACGGCCACUGGAGUGCAGUGGGCUUCCUCGUCUACGGCAGCCAAACAAACGGUGAAUGCGAAUAAGGAAGUCAUACUCGCCGCUGGAAGUAUUGGCAGUACACAGCUGUUACAACUGAGUGGGGUUGGGCCAUCCAAGUAUUUGCAAGCCGCAGGUGUAGAUGUGCAACUUGACCUUCCUGGAGUUGGACAACGACUCCAGGAUCACUUGAGCGGGAGUCUCAUUUACAGCACCAACGCGGAGACAGCGGGUGAUAUGUACAAUGCUGGUGUAGCCACCGCAGAAUUUCUCUCUUACAUCAACUCUGCUACUGCAUAUGUCAACCUCACGACCCUUCUUGGAUCAGAUAAUGCUUCCGCUCUCAUCUCUUCUGCUCAAGCAGAAGUCGACUCGUCUGUGUCGUCGUUCCUCCCGUUGGGUGACUCCACUGUCGCUGCUGGUUACAAGGCAAUUUAUGACACCAUCACAAAUCAGUUCUACUCGAGCAACAGUGGCCAGAUUGAAUUGUUGUUGAGCAUUACUAGCACAAACGUCCUCCUUCAAGCUGCCAUCCAACAUCCUCUCAGUGCGGGCGAGCUCUAUAUUACCUCCAACUCAGCCUUUGACUACCCUUACAUUAACCCCAAUUAUCUUGCACACAGCGCCGAUCUUACCAUUUUGCGUGAAGGGUUUAAAAUGGCACGACUCAUCUCGCAGGCUUCACCACUUUCCGCGUACCUCACAGGUGAAACCACUCCUGGAUCCUCGGUCAGCACAGAUGAUGAAUGGAAUGCUUGGAUUGAAAGCGCUGUAGGAACGGAGUACCAUCCUACAGGGACAUGUGCGAUGCUCCCUCUCGAGUUGGGAGGCGUUGUCAGUCCGUCAUUACUCGUUUAUGGUACUUCAAAUGUCAGGGUUGCAGAUGCCAGUGUGUAUCCAUUCGACUUGUCUAGCCAUCUGGGUGCACCUACAUACGGACUCGCAGAACAAGCCUCCACUAUCAUCAGGGAUUACUGGAAUGCCGUCUCGACGAACCCAAACGCUACGACCAGUACUUCAUCGCCCUCGUCGACGUCCUCGAGUUCAGGGAACUCUAACACAAAUGCUGCUCUUCGUCCUGUGACUAGCGUUAAUGGGCUAGGAAUGAUGCUCUCUGCAAUUGCCUGCCUCGUGACUUGCGUGAUGGCACUCUGA